AGUCCUCCUCCUUCCCCUUCCUCCACUGACGGUGCGUUCCCGUUGUCCCCGCAGCGGCGGGAGCCAUGGAGAUGCAGUCGUACUACGCGAAGCUGCUGGGGGAGCUGAACGAGCAGCGCAAGAGGGACUUCUUCUGCGACUGCAGCAUUAUCGUGGAGGGGAGGAUCUUCAAAGCGCACAAGAACAUCCUGUUCGCUAACAGCGGGUACUUCCGAGCGCUCCUCAUCCACUACAUCCAGGACAGCGGGAGGCACAGCACCGCCUCGCUGGACAUUGUCACCUCCGAGGCCUUCUCCAUCAUCCUGGAUUUCCUUUACUCCGGGAAGCUGGAUCUCUGUGGGGAAAACGUUAUCGAGGUGAUGUCUGCAGCCAGCUACUUGCAGAUGACCGACGUGGUCAACUUUUGCAAGACCUACAUCCGUUCCUCGCUGGAUAUCUGCAGGAAAAUAGAGCGGGAAGCGGCUUUCUAUCAGGCUGAUAGUGGGAGCACUGGGUCUGCCAGAGAGGGCACCUCAUUCAGCUCCAAGAGCCAGUGCUCUGCCUCUGUGUCCUCCCUGCAGGAGAAGGAGGGGAUUUCGGAUUGCCAGCAGGACCCUCCCUGCGGCGAGUGCAGUGGUUGCCAUCCCCUGGAGCUCGUGGUCCGGGACCCCGUCAGCAGCGACUCCCCAGACGAUGUCAACUGUUCGCUGCCCAAAGGGGUGGAACCCAAAGUGGAGUUUGACUCGGAUGAGGUGGAGGUCGAGGUGGAAGCGGGUGAGCGGCUGCCGCAGUAUCCGACCCCACUGUCCCUGGAGCAGAUGGAAGAGGGGCUGCACAGCGGGCAGGCCAUGGACUUGGCCUGCAAUAACUAUCACAUGAAACAAUUCCUCGAGGCCCUGUUGCGCAACACCUCAGCUCAGAGAAAGGAGGACGUGGUCCAUCACUUUGUCCGGGGCUUUGAGGGUAGGCCAGAGGAUGCAGGGGUGGCAGUGAGCUCCAUGAUGGACAUUCACAGCGACUGGUAUGGUGAGGACACAGGUGAUGUGUUAGUGGUGCCAAUCAAGCUUCACAAAUGCCCGUUCUGCCCCUACACAGCAAAGCAGAAGGGAAUCCUCAAGAGGCACAUCCGCUCCCACACGGGUGAGCGGCCCUACCCCUGCGAGACCUGCGGGAAGCGCUUCACACGCCAGGAGCACCUCCGGAGCCACGCUUUAAGUGUGCAUCGAUCAAACAAGCCAAUCAUCUGCAAAGGCUGCAGGAGAACCUUCACGAGUAGCCUGUCGCAAGGGUUGCGGCGCUUCGGCUUGUGUGACAGCUGUACCUGUGUGACCACCACCCACGAGGACUCGAUGCCCAUCAACCUCAGCUUAAUGGAGCAGUCAUCAGAAGGCCAAGAGAAGGGUGAUGCUGAUAACGACUGGCCUAUAUAUGUGGAGUCUGGAGAGGAAAACGAUCCAGCCGAUGAUGAGGAUGCUGAUGGUGAUGACAAGCAGGAGAUCCACAGGAGCUUGUCAGACCGAGAAACACUUAUGUAGCAGUGAGAGGAGAAUGGGAGUGUUUGAAGUGUCUCUGUGACAGUGGUCGGUCUGUGACACAAAACUGAGUAUUUGCCCAGUUAGUGAGACUGUGCUGUUUUUUAUUAUUCCAUUUUUUAAUAGAAAAGUGGGGAGAAUUGGAAUUUUUAAUACUUUUCAGUGCUGUGCACCAGAAAUCUGUGAAGAAUCUGCUGUCUGGGGUUCAUAGAAGUUGUACUUGAGCAAUCUCCAGUGGUGUCUCUGCCUCCUGGUCUUGUUUUUAUGGGUGGAACAUCUCUGUGUGUUUUGAUAACAGGUCUCUUCUAAUAAUGCUGUCAUGGUCCUUAAUCCCUGAUGUGAAAGGGACCCCAUCUUCUCUCUGAAGAUCACAUUAAAAGGAGUGUGUUUUUCACCCAUCAUCUUGGACCAUUUCUAAGCUGUGAUCCUUUUGUAGUAGGACAGUAUUAUCCUAAUUGUAAAGGUUAAGGGUUUAUUUAGAGUGGAUUUGACCUGGAAACCAGGGCAGACACCCAGGAGUACAAAGCCAUGCUGCUGCUGAGAGCACAGACAGUAGGAGUAAAUAUAUUUCAUCUGA